AUGAUUAUCAAUAGAUUAUUUAUGUUGUUUAUCCUAACCAUACUGGGAAGUGUCACAAGCCGAGCCAUUACUUUCCCCAGGACAACAGUUCCCUUAAAUUCUACAUGUGAGAGUAUGACCCCCAACAGCACUUGUAUGAAUAUAUAUAAGUGCCCAUUAGCAUUAUCCUUGAUAAGACUUAAUAGGGACGUAGUGAAAGAAAUGACCUGCGGAUUUGAUGGAACAACACCCAAGGUGUGUUGCCCUGUAUCGGGAACUUCUAUAAUAUUUACCAAUUUAACAGAAGAAAUUGCAACGAGAAAACCAAGUAAAGUCACUACUCAAAAGAUUGAAGAAAUAAGCCAAGAAUCAAAAGUCACUACUAUGAUUCCCGAAAUAAAUUCAGAACUAUUGCCAAGUAGAAAAAUUUGUGGCCAAGUUGCGAUACGUGAUAGGAUAGUCGGCGGAUUAAUUGCAGGAAUUGAUGAAUUUCCAUGGCUAGCUCGAAUCAAGUAUCGAAACAAAUUUGGAGAGGAAUAUUAUGCCUGCUCAGCUUCGCUCAUUACGAAUCAAUAUCUAAUAACUGCUGCUCACUGCUUAACUGAUAAAAUUGGCAAACCUAUCAGUGUCCGCUUGGGAGAAUGGGACGAACAGACUGAACGGGAUUGCCAAAAACAUUUACAAGACUUUAUUUGCAAUGACAAGCCUGUUGAUAAAAACAUCAGUGAAAUAUUUAUGCACGAUGAUUUUGAUGUAAAAUCCGCAAAAAAAGGAGACAUAGCUUUGCUUAAAUUAGACGAACCUAUUCCUUUUACAGAAUUUAUAACACCAGUGUGUUUACCAAGUACAGAAUAUGUAACACAACAAGAUUAUGUACUGGAUAGUUCCUACUGGACAGCGGGUUGGGGUAUAACUGAAUUUGAUUUACCAUCACCCCUUAAACGAAAGGUGUCCCUGAAUACGGUAUCCUCUGAUAUUUGUCACACAAUAUAUUCUGAAAUUCCAGAAGAAUUUUUUGAAACUCUUAUUUGUGCGGGAGGUGUAGAGGGAAAAGAUACAUGUAGUGGUGAUUCUGGAGGGUCCUUAGUAAAAAUGGUGACGGAAGAUUAUGAAAAAAAUUGGUAUUUAUUUGGAAUCACCAGCACUGGCCCUAAGAGAUGCGGAUCCGAAGGUAUGCCGGGAAUUUAUACAAGAAUAACAUCAUAUAUGGAUUGGAUACGAAAAACAAUUAGGCGU